UUUAACGACAGUUCUAAUCAAGUGAUCCCCAUAAAGCACUAGCUGCAAAACCUCUCUCAAAGUGCAACGUUUACUUAGCACUGUCAUGGCAAACCUGAAUGAGGAUGAUUUCUUCUAUGAUGUAUUUCUGAGUUUUAGAGGAGGGACCCGUUACGGGUUCACGAAUGAUCUGUACGAGGCUUUGCGGCAAAAGGGAAUGUACAUUUUCAGAGACAGCAACGAGCUUAGGAUUGGGGCAGAAAUCAGGCCCUCGCUGGUGAAGGCAAUAGAAAAAUCUAGAAUGUGGAUUGUUGUGCUCUGUGAAGACUACGCCUCUUCCACUUGGUGCCUUGACGAACUUGCACACAUCAUUCGCUGCUAUCAUGCUAACAAAGGGAAACAAAUUCUGCUCAUAUUUUACAAAGUGGAACCUUCUCAUGUGUGGGAGCAGAAGGAAAAGUACGCAAAAGCCAUGAUUGAACAUGAAAAGAGAUUCGGAAAAGACUUUGAGGAGAAGGUCAAAAUAUGGAGGAAGGCUUUGUCCGAAACACGCCACCUGACCGCAGAACACUGCAAAGACGACCUGUGUGAACCUGGACUUAUUGAGAAGAUUGUUAAAGACACUUAUGCUAAAUUACCUGCAAUCCCCUUACCUAUUAAACAUGUAGUUGGUAUUGAUUCUCGGUUUCAAGAGGUGAAACCAAUCAUAAAUAUUGAGUCUCAUGAUACUGUCUGCAUCUUAGAAAUUUAUGGAGCUGGCGGAAUUGGCAAAACUACAUUUGCCUUGAAUAUAUAUAACAAUAUCAGACAUCAUUUUCAAGCUGGAAGUUUUCUUGCUAAUGUCAGAGAAAAAUCAAACAAAAGCUCUAAAGGCCUCGAAGAUCUUCAAAAGACACUUCUAUCUGAGAUGGGUGAAAAAACAGAAAUCAUGAUGGGCAAUACUUUUAAUGGGGCCAAUGAAAUCAAAGGCAGACUUAGUCGUAAAAAGGUUCUUUUAGUUUUGGAUGAUGUUGGUACGAUAAAACAAUUGGAGUCCCUAGUUGGAGGAGGUGACUGGUUUGGUACUGGCAGUAGGAUAAUUAUAACAACAAGGGAUACAACACUGCUAGAUGAGCAUGUCAUUAAUGGUGUUAUCAUUCAAAAAUAUGAAAUGAAGGAGCUAAAUGAACGUGACUCUCUUGAACUCUUUUGUUGGCAUGCCUUCAAAAAGAGUGCACCAGAAAAAAACUUUGAAGAAGUUUCUAAUCUUGCAGUGCUUUAUGCAAAAGGUCUUCCGUUAGCUUUAAAAGUAAUAGGCUCCAAUCUAAAGGAUAGGAGCCUAAAGGAUUGGAAAAUGGAAUUAAACAAAUAUGAAAAUAUUCUAAAUGACAAGAUUCAAAAAGUACUUGAAAUAAGCUACCAUAGCUUAUAUGACUUGGACCAGAAAAUUUUCUUGGACAUUGCUUGUUUCUUCAAAGGAGAGAAAUGGGAAUAUGUUGAAAGGAUACUAAGGGCAUGUGAUUUCUUCCCAAGUAUACAAAUAUUUAUUGCGAAAUGUCUCAUAACUAUAGAUGAAAAUGGCUGCCUGGAUAUGCAUGAUCUAAUACAAGAUAUGGGUAGGGAGAUUGUUAGAAAGGAGUCAUCAAAUGUUGGUGACCGUAGCAGACUAUGGUCUCAUAAGGAAGUUCUUCGAGUACUUAAAGAAAACUCGGGAAGCAACAGAAUUGAAGCAAUAAUGCUUGAUCCCCCCAGUCAUGUAGAUGUAUAUGAGUGGACAGAUACUGCUUUUGAGAUGAUGAAGAACCUAAGAAUUCUAAUUAUUCGGAACACAUCAUUUUCAAAGGCACCUAGUUAUCUACCAAAUACUUUACGACUGCUUGAUUGGAAAGGUUACCCAUCCAAGUCUUUCCCACCACAAUUUUAUCCCCAAAGGAUUGUUGAUUUCAAGCUACCUCAUAGUUUUCUAAUGUUGGAAAAGCCAUUUCAGAAAUUUGAGGAUUUGACAUUCAUCAACCUAUCACAGUGUCAGUCCAUAACUCGAAUUCCUAAUGUGUCUGGAGCUAUAAAUUUAAAAGUCUUGACACUUGACAGAUGCCAUAAAGUGGAAGGAUUUGAUAAAUCCAUUGGAUUUAUGCCUAAGCUUGUGUAUUUAAGUGCUUCCAGGUGCAACAAGCUCAAAAGUUUUGUGUGCAGCAUGAAUUUACCAUACCUCGAGGUGCUUUCAUUCAACUUCUGCACAAGAUUUGAACGCUUCCCAGAUGUAAAGCAAAAGAUGGAUAAGCCAUUAAAGAUUUACUUGGUAAAUACUGCCAUUAAGGAGUUUCCAAAGUCCAUCAGCAACCUUACAGGGCUUGAGUACUUGGAUAUUUCAAGUUGCACAAGACUGAAGAAUCUACCAAGCAACUUGCUAUUAUUGCCAAAACUUGUGACCUUAUUAGUUGAUGGGUGUUCACAAAUUGGAGAAUCAUUUAAAAGGUUUAGAGAAAGGCAUUCAAUAGUAAAUGGUUGGCCAAAUUUGACGACACUUCAUCUAAGCGAGACUAAUUUAUCAAAUGAAGAAUUGUGCGCAAUUCUAAAAGGUUUUCCAAAAAUGGAAGCCUUGAAGGUUUCUUACAAUGAUUUGGUAUCUCUCCCAGCAUGCACCAAAGGAUCCCUGCACUUAAAAAGUCUUGAUAUGAGUCAUUGCAACAAUCUCAGGAGCAUUCCAGAACUCCCUCUAAGUAUCCAAAAAGUAAAUGCGAGAUAUUGUUGGGGCUUAACUUCACAGGCAUCAAAAUUGCUGUUGUCUAAGGUUCGCCAAGAAAAGGAAAGAAUUCAAUUUGUGAUGCCAAAAACAAACAUUCCAAAAUGGUUUGAUUAUAUUAGCAAGGAAGGUAUUCCGUUGAUGUGGGCUCGCAAUAAGUUCCCUACUAUUGCUUUAGCAUUUGUGGUGGGCGAAGACAAGAAGAGUGUCAUGAAAAAGUUUCCCUUCCCCCCUACAGAAUUGGGCUUGCCCCAAGUCCAGGUAGAGCUGUCCCACACAGUUGGAGUCCACUUGUUCAUAAACGGCCAAGAAAUGUGCCGCAAAGAGAACCAUUAUUGCAGCGUUGGGGAGGAUCACGUGCUGUUGUGUGAUCUACGGGUUUUGUUCAGUGACGAAGAAUGGCAAGGUCUUGAUGCACAUGUUAUUGGAAAUGAAUGGAGGGCCAUUCAGGUUCAAUAUCACUCAUUCUUGCCAUUGAGAAAAUGGGGAGUAUUUGUGUACAAGCAGAAAACAAACAUUGAUGAUAUCCGAUUUAAGAAUUCUAGCAUCCCUAUCCCAUCAUCAGUUUUGGUUCCAAAAGAGCAGUUUGAGCAAACAUGCAGGCAUUUCUAUGCAAACUUCAAUCCGAGAGAACUUUUAGGCCAGUAUUAUUUGUCUCUUUUUGACAAGGCACAUGCAUUUACAAAGUUUCUUUUAAGGUCUGUGAGGCACACUAUUGCUGACUCUAAAGGAAAAGUUUCAGCCUGUGAUUACGGGGCAAGUAUAGAACAAUAUCAUGAGGAAUCUACCUGGGAUGUGUUGCGAGUCAUAGAGAUUAUAAAAGAGAGCACACCAAAACAUGUUCGUGAUACAUACCCUAAUGAUGCCAUGCAACAUGGAUACAGAGUGAUGGAAGAAAACUUAAGGGCUCGGAUAGAAUUUAUGAGGGAAGAAGGGCAAGACACUUUUGUCCAUGAUAUGCUUAUUAUCCUAGAGGAUGAUCAGGAAGAUCCAAGUCGGCAUCUUCGUCGGCGUCGCUAUUGGGGAAGGUUGCACAUAAAACAUGGAGAACCAGGGUUCGUUGCAGUAUCCCGAGUUGUGUGGAGCUCAUCAGUGUCAAGCAACAUAGCUCCACUGGACAUCACAUUCAUUGUUCUAUUGAAAGCUUCAACCACUGAGAAGGGGAAGGAACCGGAAGAACGUGAUUGCCACGAGUACGACCCUGCUUUGGAAGAAUUGAUGAGUAGGAUAGCAGAAGAUGCUAUGUGUUUGAGGUUGAAUAAAUAUAAUGGGAAAUUGACUGCCUCUAUUGUUCUGCUUCCCAAUGGUCGUGAAUUUGUUUCUUUCAAAUAUUUGGCAGAAGCAGUAUUCUUGGGGGGAAAAGAACGUUGGGAUGAAGGGAAAUGGACAUGGGCAACAAUCAAAUACGUAUGGUCGAUGUUGCUAAUGUUUCGUUUCUUCCCAUGGGGAUUGUUGGGAACUAACUUCAAGACCAUGUCCUACGGCAAGUUAAGGGUUGAGCAUGAUGCUGGUCGUACCUCCAAUUGGUUGGAGCGUUUAAUUAAAUUUGAUUUAUCAUUUAUAUGGAAAGGCUUAUGGAUUUUCUUACGGUUGUAUUUGUCAAUUAAACUUAUCAAAGUGUUUCUUAUAGAGCUGAUUCAUAUAGUCAAUGACAUGAUGUGAUAGGAAGAAAUAUAUGGAGAGA